UUGCGUUUACAUUCGACCGCGUCAGCGACUUUGAUACUCUUGACUAUUUUGUUUACUCAUACUUGUUAGGACUUCUUUGGUAAAAUCCUGAUAUAUAUAGACUGUCUUGUAGUAAAUUGGCACAUUCAUCUCAAGUGCUAGGAAGGGAUAUCUGAAAAUCUAAACAUGAAGAGCAUCCUAGUUCUGUGCUUGUUGGUCGCGGCUGUCUCCUGCAGACCAGAGAGUUACGACACUAGAUAUGACAACUUUGAUGUUGAAGCCUUGGUCGGCAACGUUCGACUGCUGACUGCGUACGGUCACUGCUUCCUUGGCAAUGGACCUUGCACUCCAGAGGGAAGUGCUUUUAAAAAAACCAUCCCCGACGCUCUUAGGACCGGCUGUGGCAAAUGUUCACCGAAACAGCGUCACUUGAUCCGUGUCGUUGUACAAGGCUUCCAAAAUAAGACCCCAGCCCUUUGGCAGGACCUGGUGAAGAAGCAGGACCCCAACGGACAGUACAAAGAAAUCUUCACCAGGUUCUUGAACGGCAGAAGAAGCAAAAUGAAGUACAUAUUAGUGGCUCUCGUUGUAACCAUAGCUGUGGUGGACGCUCAAGAAACGUAUGGGACCGAAUAUGAUAAUGUAAAUGGAGAAGCUAUCGUUUCUGAUGACAAACAGUUCCAAGGUUUCGUUGACUGUUUCACGGGCGCUGCUCCUUGCAACGAGCCUGCUGCUGCUUUCAAAAGGGUUUUACCUGAAGCGAUUGUACAGGCUUGUGGCAAAUGUAAUCCAGCACAGAAGCACUUAGUAAGGCUUUUCUUAGAAGCCUACUCGAAGAAAAGGCCACAAGAGUACGAAAAGUUCAAAGAUUUAUUUGAUCCUGAAAGGAAAUACUUUCCCAAAUUCGAAGCUUCCGUUGCCGGGUUUUAAGCUACGAGAUAAUUGAAAAAUAUUAUUAUAAAUGAUUUAGUUUUAAUUGCUUACUUACUAUUAAAAACA